AUGUUGAUCAUCAUAAGUGUUGUAAUACUCAUAUUUACUUGUGGCGAUACUGUUUCAGGUGCCGGCCUCUACGAAUUCUUGUCGAAUCACUCAAUAUUCACAGGUGAUGACACAACUGAAAGACAAUAUUUACAAAGUGAUGUAAUCCCUCAGUCUUAUAAUUUGAAAAUUCAAUUUAAUGUACCCGGAGGUAAUUGGAGACGACCUUUCUUCAAUGGUUCUGUGACUAUCAAACUUUACUGUUUAAAUGCUACAAAAGUGCUUACUUUACAUGCUGGUGACAAUUUGAGAGUUUCUUCUAAACAAGUUACUAUAUCUCCUUGGAAUGGGAACCCUGAGAAAGUUGACAUUAAACGCAUUUCUCAUAAUAGAGAAACUGAUCAGUAUCGCAUAGAACUGCAGUCUCCAUUAAAACCAAAUACUUACUACAAUUUGACAUUUGGUCGAUUUAGAUUACGUAGAGGCUAUGCACCAGAAGGUUUAUAUUUGACUGAUUAUAUGACAAAUGGUACACACAAUUUUAUAGUAACCACUACAACAGAGCCAACACAUGCUAGACGUCUUUUUCCAUGUUGGGAUGAGCCUAUAUACAAAGCACAAUUUCAGGUUAACAUCAUACGUCAUAAAGAUUAUAGUUCACUUUCGAAUAUGCCCUUGAAUAAAACUCAAGCACUCUUUGGUGAUUGGUGCCUUGACAGCUAUCAACCAAGUGAAAACAUAUCAACAUAUCUUUUGACAAUUGUUAUUUCACAGCUUUCCCCAAAACGAAUAACAGAUUCAAAAGAAAGGAUUUUUACAUUUUGGGGCAGUCAAGAGGGACUACAGUUCGCCAAUUAUGUACUCAAUAUUUCUACAAGAUUGAUUGUAUUUUUCGAAAAUUACUUUGGUGUCCCUUAUCCACUUAAAAAGUUGGAUAUUGUUGCAAUCCCAGAUGUUGAUUACGAAGGAGGACAAAACCUGGGUUUAAUAACACUUCGAGAAUCGGAAAUACAAUGCAAUCCUGAAACUGAUUCAGCUGCUUCACAGAUUUUGGUGUCUUCUAUUUUAUCCUAUAAAAUUGCUCGUCAGUGGUUCGGUAAUAUUGUUACAAUGAAAUGGUGGGAUAAUUUAUGGGUGAAUGAAGGUCUAGCUAUAUUCUUUGAAUAUGCUGGGAUAAGUCACAUUCAUCCGAAAUGGAAAGCGAUUGAUAAUUUCCCACUGGAUGUUACACAAAAUGCUUUGUAUUUCGAUUCAUCUUUGAUAUCACCGCCACUUAGUCAGAGGAUAGAUUAUCCGGAAGAGGUUGAAAAUACUUUCGGAGUUUAUUUAUAUGAUAAGGCAGCAUCUCUUAUGCGAAUGGUACAGUCGUUUGUAGGGCACAAGGCAUUUCUGGAUGGUGUAAAAAAUUACUUAGUUGAACACAAAUAUGGCACGGCUGACGAUAAAGAUUUGUGGGAGGCACUGGAGAAAGCUGCAAAAGAGGAAAACAAAUGUGCUAACAUUACAUUAGUCAUGGAUACUUGGACUCGGCAAAUUAAUUAUCCACUUGUAGUUGUCAAACGUGAUGAUGCAAACACAUUUCAUUUUGCUCAAACCCCUUACUUUGAGCCUUCUAAUGAAACGGAAUCUUCAGAACACUACAACAAUGUUUGGGAAAUACCUCUAACAUAUGGGUCAGCUAAUACGACAAAUUGGGAUGAGACAGAAGUUUUAUGGAUGACAAAUCGUACAAUGACCAAGACCUUAGAACUAAAGCCCAAAAGCUGGUAUCUAUUCAAUGUCCAACAGACUGGAUAUUACAGAGUUAAUUAUACUGACGAUAACUGGCAACUGCUGACAGAACAACUGAAUAAAGAUUGUGAGGUGAUUCCAGUUGCUUCACGUUCACAAAUUCUAAAUGAUCUUUUCAGUCUAGCAAAUAACAAGACUGUGUCGUAUACUGUAUUUCUAAAUUUGACGAAGUAUUUAAAAAAUGAGAAUAGUUCGGUAGUUUGGGAAACAGUGUUACAAUCAUUCGACUUUCUUUAUUACAUGCUUGGUUUAAAUGAAAGUUAUAAGCAUUUUCAAGCCUAUCAACAUUCUCUCUUAGACAAGCCACUUGAAUCAGUCGAUUGGAUAAGUAUAAGAGAAGAUCAAGAUAUUGAAAAAGGCUUGCUACGAGAAUACUUAGUUCAUCUCGCCUGUCAAGUGGGACAUCCAUUGUGUGUACGGAAUGCCACAGAACUAUUUAAUAAAUGGAUGGCUAAUUGCUCAGUAAACCCGAUACCACGAAGCUUGAGAAGGAGUGUAUAUUGUUCAGCUAUACGUUGCGGUAACGCAACACAUUGGGAGUUUCUGAAGCAGAGGUUAUCUGUGACGGGCAAUGAUCAUGAGGAAAUGGAUAAUAUUUUACAAGGAUUAUCUUGUUCAAGCAAUGUCACGACCAUGGAAAAGUAUUCGAACUGGAUAUUACAGCAUGAAGACCUCCAGUAUGUACUUUCAGAUAUUGCCUCAUCUCCAACUGGUAAUCGGGUACUUUGUCAAAGCGCAAUAGACGAAUUGAAAAAAUUUGUGAAUGGAUCCAAGAGUACUCGCCAAGAGCCAAAAAUUCAACGUUUAGUGGAGCUGCUAGAUACUUUGUCUGAGUAUGGAGAAGUUUUAAUUGAUGUUGCAAAGCAAGCAGAGAUAAUUCAAUUGGGAAGACGUGCCGUAGAAAGUUCUCGAAUAACCAUUCUACGGACUGUAUAUGCAACUUAUCUUCAAAGAGUCGAAAAAAGUCUAAAAUGGAUAAAUGCUCAUGCUGAUACCAUCAAUUGUUGGUUGAAGGAAAAUUUCGGGAAACAGUAA